ACCUGAGCAAACAACUGAUAUCGGUCGACCGGCAUGGAUUUAUGAUAUCAUAAAGGAAAAUGUGUAUGUCUCUUAUAGCAAAUUGCAAGUAUUUUAUAUAAAGAGUUAAAAUAUGGAUGUUAAUGACAAAAAACAUCUUUGCAGUCCAUGUGAAUUCAAAAGCAAGACAGAAAUAGCUACAAAAUGGUGCAUUGACUGUAAAGAGCCUCUUUGUGUUAGCUGCUAUGGGAACCACAAUGCACACAGAUAUUCAAGGAACCAUCAUGUGAUAUCAGUAGAAGUGUUAAAAUAUGGAUGUUAGUGACAAAAAGGAUCUUUGCAGUCCGUGUGCAUUCAAAGACAAGACAAAAGAAGCUGCAAAAUGGUGUAUUGACUGUAAAGAGCCUCUUUGUGUUAGCUGUUAUGAACACCACAAUGUACAUAGAUCUUCAAGGAGUCAUCAUGUAAUAUCAGUAGAAAGCAACCAAAUGCUAGAAUCACUACAGAAACGUCAUAAUGAGUACUGUGAAGGUCAUGAUCAAGAAAAGGACUUGUAUUGCUCCACACAUAGUGAGUUUAUAUGUCUGACAUGCACAUAUACUUCUCAUAGAAAAUGUGAACCCGCUGUCCGAUUAAGUGAUGUCACUAAGAAUGCUAAAAUGUCACCAUUUGUCUCGGUGUUAGAAAACAAUAUCAUUGACAUCAUGGAAGAAUUAGAAGACAUUAUAAAAGAUCGAGAAAACAAUAAAUUAGAAAUUGAACAACAAAAAAUUGAAAUCCUAGAUACUGUUAAAGAUGUUAGAAAAUGCAUAGAUGCUCAGCUUGACCAGGUAGAAAAUAAAAUUACUGAAGAUUUAAAAGCAAAAUUAGAAAAAUAUAACAUGGAAAUCGAUAAGACUAUUAAGUUCCUUACCGAUCAUUUGAAUGGAUUUAAAAAAAUACACGAAAAGAUGCAUGUUUUGAAAGAAUAUGCGUCCGAUACGCAAACGUUUAUAGGCGCAAGAGACCUCGAUAAAGAUCUUCAUUCCGAGGAAGUAAGGGUAACAUCGUUUUUAGAGAAAAUCCAAAGCAUCACUAUUGCCAUUGAGAAAAAUCCAGAAAUAUUUGCUACGUGCGGGAAAAUAAAGUCAUUCGGGAAUAUUCAAGUUGAGACAUUAAAUAAAGGUUACUGUAUUUUCAAGAAGAUCAAGGGACAAUAUCCCAUAGACAUUCAAUCAAAAACUAUUUCUAAAUUUAGCAAAGCUUUGGAAAUCAAAAUACCACCGAGAAGCAUUAUAGAUAAUUGUGCCAUACUUCCCAGCAAACAGAUGAUUUUUGUAGAUUCACAAGCUCGUAAUAAAAGAUUAAUAAUUUUUAAUGAAGACGGUACUCAUGAUCGCAAUAUUAAAUUGUCCAGUAGGCCAUUUGAUAUCGCCGUGAUUGGCAACGACAAACUUGCCUUGAGUUUCCCAUGGAGUACACGCAAAAGAAUCGAAAUGAUCAAUACAACCAAUAAUCGAUCGGAACACGAAAUCUUUUUCAAAAACAAAUGUUUUGGUAUUUCAUACGAUAAAGGUAGAUUGUUUGUUAUCGUCAAGAAUGAAGGGAUUUUGAUUAUGGACUUGUGUGGGCAGUUAUGGUCUUCUUUACCGAUUGAAGGUAAAGGAAUAUUUUAUAUUCAUGUUAAAAAUGACAGACUUUACUGUUCUGACAAUUGCAAUGACACAGUGCAGUGUUAUGAUAUGAAAGGAUGCGCUCUUUGGAAACAUAAACAUUCAAAUUUAAGAUCACCAAUGUCCAUAUCAUCAAACGAAAAUCACAUUUUUAUAGCAGGGUGUAAGUCAAAUAAUAUUGUGUCAACUAACUUGAACGGGAACAUUGCCAAAGUAAUUUGUAACAAAAACCACGGGAUUAAGAAUCCAACAAGUGUAUAUUUUGAAAAACAUCUUCUUUUAAUGUGCAAUGGUAAAAAUGCCCAGGCAUUUUUAUACAAGGAAAAUUAACGAGUUAGUUUAUUGUUCUAAUGUGUAAUUCUUUUCAGUUAUUAUACUUCUUUGCUGCUUAUGGUUAUUGUUAUAUUAGAAUACGUAGAAUAAUAUAACAUAUCAUUAAAAGUUUUGUUCCUUU